GCAUUAAAUGUCAAUAUGAUUAACUGAUAUGCCCGCUUCCAGAGAACUUCAUUAGUCGACAGAAAAAAGCGGCGCAGUCAAGGCACAAAAAAAGGAAAUAAUAAUAAAUAAAAUGGCCCCAUCUAAAUCUUUUUGCGCAGAGUCAAAAAAAGAUGUCGAUCCGAAUAAUAAUGAAAAUGAUAGCUUGAAGAAGACUAGCAAACUUAAAUUUGAGCUACCCGCGAACUAUAAAUACGAGGUGCAAGAAUGCAUCUGCUUUCGCCCCAAGGCAGCAUUCGAAUGCAGGCGUUGCAAUCAUUACAUCUGUGGACGCAUCUGUGAAGUCUGCCAACAGCAUCCAAUGGUUACCUUUCUGAUGGACUUUCACUGUUGUCCUUGUUGCUCGGCGCCCACAACGGACAUCAAAUUAUCCCAGUUGAGUCUGGAAGAAAUUCACAAAAUAGAAGAUGGCAUUUUGCCGGGCGAUAACGAUGAUUUCAACUGAUUUUGAUAGUCAGCAGUGAAUUAUUUGCAUAUCAGAUGUACUAGUCACAUUGCAUAAAUCGCAAUAUUCUCUGGCAAUAAGUUAUCCGAUUUGAGUCUGGAAGAGAUUCACAAAAUGUAAGAUGUCAUUUCGAUAGUUAGCAUUUAAUAAAUUACAUAUCGCAUGUA